AUGCCCCUAAACGUCGGCGACACUGGCUACGGCAGCGUGGACCGCCCGGGCCUCUCGGCCAGGGGGGCCGCCGGCUCCUCGGAGACGGCCGCUCUGCUCCAAUUAGCGGGGGAGGAAGAACAGGAGCGGCGGCCCAUGAGCAAGGAGGCGCUGGAGGAGUCGGCGGGCGGGCCCGCCUGGAGGAGGCUACGCUGCUACCUGGUCGUGCUCUUCUGGCUGGCGUGGAUGGCCAUGUUGGCGACCGCCGUGGCCAUCAUCGUCACCAGCCCGCGGCCCGUGGCGACGCCGCUGGCUUGGUGGCAGGAGUCGCUCUUUUUUCAGCUGCAGCCUGACCUCUUCAACGCGACGCCACCUGGGAGCUCAGGGGCCGUCGACGCGCUGUGUGACCAGCUUCCUUACUUCAAGUCUUUGGGCAUCAGCGCGCUCAUCCUGAGGGGCUUGUUUGACCCGAUAAACGCCACCGAGAGCGGGGGGCGCUCAGGAGCGCUGCCGCACGUCCAGCAUCUGCUCGGCGAGAGCGACAGAGUGGGCCUCAAAGUGGUACUGGAUGUGUGCGAUGUGCAGCUCUUUGGGACUCGUGAAGACGAGACGAAAGAAGCUUUGGAUGCCACACAGCACGCACUUCGCUUCUGGUUGGGUCAAGGUGUGGUGGGAUUUUUGAUUUGUGACACAGAUGCAGCCUAUACAGAAGAGUCUCUGAUCCUGUGGAGAAGUAUUUUGGAGGAGUUCAAUAAAGAAGAUGAAGAAAGGAUUGUUGUGGCCAAACAGACGCGAGAGCUCCUUCCCCCGCUGAGAGUCUCUGGCCAGCAACUCAACGUCACCUUGGUGGACGUGGUCCUGAGAUCCGUGCUGCCCGACUCGCCUCGCCCGCUGUCGGCCCGCCAGGUGGCCGGCGCCAUUGAGACUCACCUGCAGAUGACUGAAGACACGUGGCUUGGCUGGAUGGUUGGAGGAAAAGCACCUUUUGACUUGAGGAGACUGCUGCUGGUGUUGCUCAUGACACUGCCAGGGACCCCCGUGGUCCAAUAUGACCAACUGGACCACGCACAGGGAGGAAAUGGCAGCAAAUCAUCUGACUUCACAGAAAAGGUCAAGUUGAAGCGUUCCAUAGUGGCCCUCUUCAGCUCCCUGAGUCACAACAGAGCGCGUGAAGAAGCUCUCCUCUUCGGAAGCUUCACCUUCCUCCCCUUCAACGACUCCUCCAACGCAACGCUGUCCUCUCCGUCGUCGCCGCCCGUCCUGGCCUUCCUUCGCUCGUGGGGCUGCGUCCACUUCCUGGUGCUGCUCAACACCGGGUCCGAGCCCCGCGGCCUGGAUCCCGCCUGGGAGAUCAGGCUGCCCGAGGCCGGUGUCUUUGUGGCCAGUACGGCGAUGGACCGCCUGGGCGCCGUCACCCUCCAUACGCUGGUGCUGCGGCCCCGCGAAGCCGUGGUCGUCAAACUGUUUGAGCCAGGGAACUACUCAUAA